UGCAUUGUGCACUGAGCCGGGGCCUUGGUCCCUCGUGUGCCGGGGUGGAGGCGGGAGGAGGAACACCGUGGGGAGGCUGUCCCCUCCCCGUGCUCUUCUGGCUGGUGUUCCCAGGGUCCUCGGCCCCAGGAGGAUGGUGAACACAUGGGUGGCUGCUUCUGCAUCCCCAGGGAGCCGACUCUGUCCUGGGGCCCAGGUAAAGAAACCCUGUCCCAGGAUUCAGCCUCAUCAAGCAAGUUUAGAUCUGCACCUGAAGACAAGGAAAAAUGUUUCCCGCUACAGAGCAUGACUCCAGACCUGACGCUCUCCUUCAGUGUGAAGAGCCGCUCCAGGAGGUGUGUAAAUGGCCCCUUGCAGGAAGCGGCCAGGAGGCGGCUCUGGGCGCUGGAGAAUGAGGACCAGGAGGUGCGCGUGCUGUUUAAGGACCUCUCAGCCAGGCUGGUAGGCAUCCAGUCCCAGAAGUCCCAGUUCCUCAUCACCUUCAAGACCAUGGAGGAAAUCUGGAAGUUCUCCACCUAUCUGAACUUAGGCUACGUCUCUGCCUGUCUGGAGCACCUUCUCUUUGACCACAAGUACUGGCUCAACUGCAGGCUGGUGGAGGAUACGGAGGUCCAAGUGUCAGUAGACGAGAAACACCUGCAAACAAUAUACCUGGCGCUCCUGGCACAGGAAGGCCACUUCUUCUGCAGAGCCACAUGCGCUGUGGCUCAGCCAGCUGAGAAGGAAGGGGAGUGUCUGACGCUCCGCAAGGACGAGUUAAUCUCAGUGAAAAUAGCCGAAGGCGAAGUCGAAGGCGAGUCCGAGUGGGAAGGUGUGUCCUUGGUGACAGGUCAGCGGGGCCUGGUGCCUGUGUCAGCCCUGGAACCUCUGCCGCUCCCUUUCCACCAAUGGUUCCUGAAGAAUUAUCCGGGAAGCUGUGGCCUCUCCAGAAAGAGGGACUGGAUGGGCUCCGAUCAGAUUGGCAGAGGGAAAUGCAAGGCCUGGAAGGGCCAUGAGAGAGAAGAGCGGGAUGAACUGAACUUCCGCCAGGGAGACAGCAUCGAGAUCAUCGGCUUCGUCAUCCCUGGGCUUCAGUGGUUCAUCGGGAGGUCGGCGUGUUCCGGAGAAGUGGGCUUUGUCCCCACCGGGAACAUAGAUCCUGAUUCUUACUCCCCAAUGAGCAAGAACUCCGCCUUUUUCAGCGAGGAGGAAAGGUGCUCUCUGUGGGUCUUGGGGAGUGACGGGACGGCUGAGCAUGCCGGCUUCCUCCGCACGCUUGCUCACACCGACAUCACGUCUGUCUACCGGCUUAGUGGCUUUGAAUCCAUCCAGAACCUGCCAAACGAUCUGAGCGCGCCCCAGCCCGAAGGCUUCAGGGAGGCCCGGCCGGGUGCAGCCUGGGAGGAGCAUCGGGCCACGGGCUCCGGACGGUCCAGCGGCUCCGAGGACUCCAGCCUGGAAGAGGAGCUCCUGUCAGCCGCCUCCGACAGUUACCACCUGCCGGAACCAGACGACCUGGACGACCCGGAGCUGCUCAUGGACCUGCACGCCGGUCAGGAGGAGGAGGAGGCUGAGAGCUUCGCCCCCAUAUUGGCCUUCCUGGAUCACGAAGGUUACGCUGACCACUUUAAAAGCCUCUAUGACUCCUCCUUCUCUUUCCUCACGUCUUCCUUUUACGGCUACUCUGAGGAGGACGAGCUGGUGGUCUACCUGGAGGCCUCCAGGAAGUGGGCCAAGCGGAGCCACAGGACCUGGGCCCACGCCCGGCUCUGCUUCCUCCUGGGCCGGCUGAGUGUCAGGAAGGUCAAGCUGUCUCAGGCCAGGGUGUACUUUGAGGAGGCCAUCCACAUUCUCGACGGGGCAUUUGAGGACCUGCCCUUGGUGGCUGCUCUGUACAUCAACCUGGCGGCCAUCUACCUGAGGCAGAGGCUGAGGCAUAAGGGCUCAGCCCUGCUGGAAAAGGCGGGUGCCUUGCUGGCCUGCCUGCCUGACCGCGAGUCCAGCGCCAAGAACGAGCUGGACGUGGUGGCCUACGUGCUGCGCCGGGGCAUCGCGUCGGAGAGCUGCCCCCUGGAGGCCAGGGCCUGCUUCCUGGCCAUCCGGUUGCUCCUCAGCCUCGGCCGGCACGAGGAGGUCCUGCCCUUCGCUGAACGGCUGCAGCUUCUCUCUGGACACCCUCCUGCCUCGGACACUGUGGCUGCUGUCCUGAGUUUCCUCUAUGAUAAGAAAUAUCUUCCACACCUUGCAGUGGCCUCUGUCCGGCAGCGCGGUCUCCAGAGUGCCCAAGGGAUGCCCCUCCCUAUUUGGCAGGUCCACCUGGCCCUCCGGAAUGCCAGCAAGCUCCUUGUUGUUCCCUCCGAGAGCCGGACUGAAGUUUCCACCCUGGCCUGUCCGGCCCUCCGGCAGGCACUGGCCGCCUGCGAGGAGCAGGCUGACUGGGGCACCCAGAGGACCCUGUGUCUCAUCAUGUCCAAAGCGCACCUCCAGCACAGGUCUCCUGACGGGGCCAUCUACUACCUGAGCCAAGCCCUGAUGCUGGGGCAGCUGCUGGGUGAGCAGGAAGCCUUCGAGUCUUCCCUCUGCCUGGCAUGGGCCUGUCUUCUGGCCGGCCGGGCGAAGAAGGCCUUGGACAUCCUCUGCCCACUCUUACACUCCCUGAAGGAGACAGAGAGUGUUACUCAAAUGGGCGUAGUUCAUAACCUUCUGGGCCUUGUACUUCAAGGUGAAGGCCUGGUGAACAGGGCGGCCAAGAACUAUCUCUGGGCCUUGAAUGGGGCUCGGGAGAUGGGCGAUGUGCGCAACCAGGCAGUGGCUUUGGCCAAUCUCGGCCACCUGUCCCUUAGGUCCUGGGCUCCGCAGCCAGCCAGACACUACCUCCUCCAGGCCAUCCGACUCUAUGGCUCACUCCAGGCCAGCGUGGAGACAGACAUGGAACUAGUGCAGGUGUUUCUCUGGCUGGCCCAGGUCCUGGUGCACGGGCGCCAGCUGGCCGGCGGCCGCCUUUGUUAUGAAACGGCACUGCUGUUUGGCUUGAGGCACCGGCACCUGAAGAGUCAGCUUCAGGUCACCAAAUCCCUCUGCCAUUUCUACAGCUCUGUGUCCCCAGACCCCGAGGCAUGCAUCACCUACCACGAGCACUGGCUGACGCUGGCGCAGCGACUCAGGGACCGGGAGAUGGAGGGGCAGCUGCUGCAGUCCCUCGGGCAGCUCUAUCGGAACCUGAGCACGGCCAGGUCCCUCAGGAGGUCCCUCACCUGCAUCAAGGAGAGCCUGCGUAUCUUCAUCGACCUGGGGGAGGAAGACAAGGCUGCCGAGGCCUGGCUCGGGGCUGGGCGACUCCACUACCUCAUGCAGGAAGACGAGCUGGUGGAGCUGUACUUGCAGGCGGCCAUCCAGAAAGCCCUGAGGUUGGAGGAGCCCACCCUGGCCCUCAAGCUCUACGAGGAAGCCGGCGACGUGUUCUUCAACGGGACCCGCCACAGGCAGCGCGCGGUGGAGUAUUACCGGGCUGGGGCUGUUCCUUUAGCAAGGAGGAUGAAGGCGCUGAGAACCGAGCUCCGGAUCUUCAACAAGCUGGCAGAGCUGCAGAUCAGCCUGGAAGGCUACGACAAGGCUUUGGAAUUUGCCACCCUGGCAGCCAGACUCAGCACAGUCACAGGAGAUCAGAAGCAGGAGCUGGUGGCCUUUCAUCGCCUGGCCACGGUGUACUACUCCCUGCACAUGUAUGAGAUGGCCGAGGACUGCUACCUGAGGACGCUGUCCCUCUGCCCAGCCUGGCUGCAGAGCCCCAAGGAGGCCCUGUACUAUGCGAAGGUGUAUUACCGCCUGGGCCGGCUCACCUUCCACCAGCUGAAGGAUGCCCACGAUGCCACUGAGUACUUCUGGCUGGCCCUGGCGGCAGCCAUCCUGCUGGGUGACGAGGAGCUGCAGGACGCCAUCAGGAGCAGGCUGGACAGCAUCUACCAGAGCCCCCUGUGGCUCAGCAGCCCCGGCGGGCGUUCCUCGGAGAGGGCCCGGUGGCUGAGCGGCGGGGGCCUGGCCCUCUGAGGAGCGCUGUCCCCUCUCUGACCAGCUGCCAUAGCCAGAAGUUGCCUCCUGCCUUAGGCUCCUGGACACUAAUUGGAGGGUCUGAGUCCUCACCUGGCCCAGCCCCCUCAUUUUACAGUGGGAAGACCACAGUCCCAAGGGAGAGGGGCUCUCUGGGCUGGCCACACAAGCAGCAGAUGAUGGGGCUGGGGUUAGGAACUUUACCCGCAGACGGUGGCCCUUCCACACAGGUGGCCUCGGAAAUGCACUUUCUUGACACACAGUUCUCCCAGAGAAAAUGAAAAACUGUGCCCCUGGGACAACUAGCUCCUUCCCCGGGGAAAUCAGGAACUGCCCCGGGGAGAAGGCAAGCUGAAAGGACUUGGCUUCUUCACUGACUUUGCUCAGGGAAAGACCCUGCCCCUGCUGGUGGAGAGACAGGGGAACUGGUGGGGCGAAUUCACCAUGCUCUUAGCCCAGAAGACGCAGCCUCCAGAUGGCCCUGGGAGGCACAGGGCGUGAGCUCUACCAUGGAUGCUCUGUGUCCAUCCUGCCCAUGGGACCCCCCCAAACACUUCCCAAGGGCCAGGGCAUAAAAACUGAGCACUCAGAAAGCUAUGCUGUAAAGUACAUGUAAAUUGUGUAUAUUAUUAAAUA